CCUCUGUUGUGCCUUGACUACCCACUGGACCUGACCGCUCACCUUCUCUCUGCUUCUCUACCCCAGAUUAAAUGUUUAUCUAGAUAGAGAGAUAGAGAGAGCGAGAGAGUCUGUUUGUGGGGUUGUUUUGAGAAAGAGAGAGGGGGUGGGAGAGGUGGGUGGCAAUGAAGGGGGAAGGAAAAAUGGUGUUUUUCAAGUCUAAGAUGAAGUGGGUUGGAUUGCUUGGGAUUUUCCUCUCUGUUUUCUCUCUCUUCAUUCACUUUCUCUUGGCCAGAUACACCGAGGGAGGUGUUUCUCAGUACCAGGCUUCAAUCACAAUCUUCUCCUGGAGACCCAUCUUUGAAAAUUCAGAUCUUUCCCCAAAUAGUCCACUAUAUAGAAGACUAUGGGGUCCUGUUAGGCAGCUUCAGUUUCUACACCCACAGGCAAACCCUGGGGGAGAUUAUGCAGCUCCCAUUUUGCAGACAACUGGCUUUGUUUUUGUAAGGAUAAGAGGAGGGUUUCAUGAGAUCAGAAACUCGAUAUGUGAUGUUGUUGUAAUCGCUCGGCUUCUUAAUGCUACCUUGGUCAUUCCUGAGAUCCUAUCAACCACAAGCAGCAAGGGAAUUAGCUCUGAGUUCAAGAGUUUUGCCUACCUCUAUAACGAGGAUCAAUUCAUUGCAGCUUUGGCAAAGGACGUCACAAUAGUGAAAACCCUCCCGAAGAACCUCAAAGGGGCUAGAAGAACUAAGAAAAUCCCUAUGUUUAGAGUGUCUUGGUCUGCUUCUCCUUAUUUUUAUCUGCACAAUGUUCUUCCAGUAUUAAACAAACAUUCGGUGGUUGAGUUAGUGAUCUCUGAUGGUGGAUGCUUGCAGACUCUUCUUCCCCCCAAUCUUGAAGAGUACCAGAGGCUGAGAUGUAGAGUCGCUUUUCACGCCUUAACAUUCCGACAGGAGGUGCAAGAACUUGCGACUAAGAUAUUAAACAGGUUAAGAGCUCGUAGACGGCCAUUUAUAGCCUAUUACCCAGGGAUGACUAGAGAUGCUUUGGCAUACUAUGGUUGUGGUGAGCUUUUCCAGGAUGUACAUACUCAACUUAUUCAGCACAGACGGUCAUGGAUGAUAAAGCGUGGGAUUGUCAAGGGGAACCUUUCUGUGAAUUCGGCUGAACAGCGUCUUAAUGGUUCAUGUCCACUUAUGCCUGAAGAGAUUGGCAUUCUUCUCCGAGCAUAUGGUUAUUCCUGGGACACAAUUAUUUACAUCUCUGGAGGAGAGGUGUUUGGUGGACAAAAGAAGUUGAUUCCGCUUCAUGGAAUGUUUGAAAACAUUGUGGACAGGACAUUCCUAAGCACAGGAUGGGAACUUAGUGCACUAUAUGGUCAGGAGGCUAACCUUGUUGAUGAAUAUCCGAAAACUCGACCUUUUUUUAAGGAAGAAAUGAGACGUGACUCAUGGAAAACCUCGGGCCCACGUCCUCGCCCGCUACCACCACCCCCAGCACGACCUAAGUACCCAUACAAUAUGGAAGGUUGGUGGGGUUGGGUGGCUGAGAGUGAUAAUGAGCCUGAGAGUACUGUUACGGAGUUGAGGAUGAAUGCUCAUAAACUCCUAUGGGAAGCGAUUGAUUACACGAUAUGUGUUGAAGCUGAUGUGUUUGUUCCUGGAUUUGAUCGCGAUGGUAUGGGACGCCCGAAUUUUGCGAGCUUGGUUAUGGGGCACAGGCUCUAUCAAUCAGCUGCAUUUAAAACAUAUAGGUUGGACAGAAGAGAAGUCGUCAAGCUUUUAGAUGAGACCCGUGACCACUUAUACGAAGCCAACCACACUUGGAUAACAUCAGUACGCAGACAUAUGAGAAAAGCCUUAGUGGAGGGACUAGCACACGACUCCACAAAAUCGAAGCCGCAGUCUUUCCUCUCUCACCCGCUUCCCGAGUGUUCUUGCUUGCGGCGUGGCCCUACCGAAACAUCAUUUCAUGCGUCAAGUCCUUCGAUUCAAUCGCAAGUCGAGGCCUCUCUUGGUGUUACCCAUCCUUGCCCUGCUUGGAUGAAGGGUGAGAGAAUCUCGCAAUCAAGAGAUGAAAGAGAGGAGGAUCUCGACGAGAAUGAUUCCUCCUCAUCUGGGUUUUUCUUCCAGCAUAGUGUCGGAAGUCAUGGAAGUCAUGGGGACGGAGAAAUACACAACAAAGAAGAUACUCAAAUGGAGGAUCAAGAAGAACUAGAGGGCGCAGAAAGAUAACUACACGCUAGUUUGGCUCGAUGGUCGUACAUAUCUUAACUCACUGACCUUGAGGAAUAGUUGGAAAACAUUCGACAAUGGAGAUUUCGGGGUUCCUGAAUUUUUGCUCUAGUGGGUGGUCAGAUUUAGCUGCUUGGGUUAUGAAGUUUCAUGGGUGUGGUGUUCUCUAGUGGUGUUUAUACAUAAAUGGAGAGCUGAGUUCCAAUGAAGAGAGCAAAAUGGCUCUGUUCUUGAUAUUGUUUUGACCCAGGUUCAUAUUUCUUUUCUUCCUUGGGUUAGUCUGUUGAAGUUAGAACUUGAUUAGCUAACGUAGUUCUAACUUGUAUACCUACUUGAGUCAAUGUUAAUUCACUUUUCUUGUA